AUGUGGAAGAAUUGACAUUAAAGCAGACUUGAGUUGACUUGAAGUGUCGCAUCUCUGUGCUGCCCCCUACCGGACAUCAUGAUCUCUUCUCCUCUUCACACCUGAGUUGGGGCGGGGUCUGUGUACUUACGUCAUCACUCACAUGCGGUGCUGGACAAGAAGAAGAGGUGAAAUUAGGUAAAUGCGCUUUUUAAUUUCUUGUGUAGACAGCUUGAUUUUCGUAACCUGCAAAGGGGAUUUUCAAGGAAUGCGCAAAGAAGGACAUAAUUUGAGUCUAAUAUUCCAGUCAUGAGGGACAGACUUGGCCAUCUCCAGGCAGUAUCACUGUCUAAUGGCCCUGCAGCAGAGCAUGAAACUGCCCAAGCUCUAUCUCCAUCAGGAAACACAGACUAUGAUGACCCUCCUCAGGACCCCAGCACCAACCCUGACCUGGAAGCUGUCUUUGAUGAGGCACUGGAGGCUCGCCGUCAGAUUCAGUACAUUCGCCUGGAAGUAAAGCGUCUCAGUGAUCAAAACACACACAUUUUUACAGGCUCAGUUUGCUCUAGUGCUUCUAAUACCAAUGACUCCAAUGCUAUUGCAGCUGACAUCAAAACUCGUGGACAGGAGAUGCUUGUGCACCUUCGCAAGAUGGAUUCCCACAGGAAAGAGUUAGAGGAAAAGUAUGGCAUCAAUUCCCCUGUGACGAGAAUCGCCCGAACACAGUACGCCAGCAUAAGCAACAGUUUCCGUGAUGCCAUGGUGGAGUACAAUGAGGCUGAGAUGAGCCAUAGAGAGUCCUGCAAGGCAUAUAUUCAGCGGCAGAUGGAGAUUGUGGGGCGAGAGGUCACAGGUGACCAGAUCGAAGAGAUGUUGGAGAGCGGUCAUUGGAACGUCUUCAGUGAGAAUAUGGUUUCAGAAGGUAAAACGGCCCGGUCUGCACUCAUCCAGAUCGAGAGCCGACAUACGGAACUGCUACAGCUGGAGAGACGCAUUCAGAGCCUUCAUGAGGUGUUUCUGGAUGUGGCCAUGUUAGUAGAAGAGCAGAGAUCAAUGAUAGACUACAUUCACACCAAUGUUCAGUCAACUGAGGUGGAGGUCAGAGACGUCCUUGUGAAGCUGGAGCGAGCCAAGAGACAUGAUAGGAGCAAUCCGUUUAAGAAAAUGUUCUUCUGGAAACGAUGAGAAGGACACGGAUAUCACAAUGUCAAAUAAAUAUAUAUUAAGUGAUCUGAAUUUUUUGGUUUGUAUUACAUUUUUAUAUGUUUUAUGUGUUAUUUAGACAAAUGCAUAUUCAUCUGAAGAAAAACAAACACAUAUCACACUAAUUUUGAAUAUAGGCUUCACGCUGAAAUAAAUCAGAUUUAUAAAUAUUUCUAAUUUUGUGCCUUUGGAGAUUCAGAUGUCCUUUAUUUCUGUAGUUUGCCCUUUUCAAGUGUUUAUUCUUAUGUGGAAUGUAUCUUGUCAAUAUAACUACAUUUUAUAGAUAAAUAAGUGAGGCGCUGGAUGACUGGUUAGUUGUAAUAGAUCUAAAUAUUUAAUGUGUGUGAACAUCUGUAUCAGCUGUAUCUCAUUCAGUGUGCAUUCAUUCAAAGUUUCGUAGCAGAUGUCAUAAAUUAGAGUGUAAUUUUGUUACACUAAUUAGAUCACAUGUGCCUACCUCAUGUGAUAUGUGAUGUCCCAUACUUACAACUAUUAAACUAACACAUGCCAAGGUACAAAUAACCUUUCUGACUAUGGUAAAGCAAGUUGUUAAAAGUACAUUAUUUUUUAAGAUUGUGUCCUGGGGACAACUGUGUUAUGUAUGGCGAUGCAUUAUAACAGGGAGAUGUGCUGUAAAUCUGUUGAUUCACCUACGUACACUAACGUUAAAACGUUUGGGGUCAGUAAGACUUCUUUUUUGAAGGAAAGAAAUACUUUAAGCAAAGAUGCAUUAAAUGAAUCAAAAGUUACUGUAAACAUAAUGUUAUAAAAUAUUUUUAUUUCAAAUAAAUGCUUUCCUUGUGAACUUUCUAUGUAUCAAAGAAUCGUUU